AUGGAGACUGCUGUGAACAUCGCCUAUGCCUGUAACAUAUUUGAGAAUGGAAUGGAUGGGCUGUUUUUUGUGGAAGGCACGGAUGUUGAGACUAUUCAGCAAGAACUCAGGUCAGCAAUAGACAAGAUGAAACCCCAGCCUCUACUGGAAUCAGACCCAAUGAACAAUUACUUCACCACGAAGCCCACAAUGCCUUUCAGAAUACCCGAGGAGGUGCCCAAUGGCAACUAUGGCCUGAUCAUCAAUGGCUACAGUCUGGCCUAUGCUCUAGAAGGGAAGCUGGAGUUGGAACUGCUGCGAACAGCAUGUAUGUGCAAGGGAGUGAUCUGCUGCCGGAUGACACCCCUUCAGAAGGCCCAGGUGGUAGAGCUGGUGAAGAAGUACAAGAAGGCGGUGACACUGGCCAUCGGGGAUGGGGCCAAUGACGUCAGCAUGAUCAAAGCUGCCCACAUUGGGGUCGGUAUCAGCAGCCAGGAGGGAACGCAGGCCAUGCUCAACAGUGACUUCAGCUUCUCCCAGUUCCAGUAUCUUGAGCGUCUACUCUUGGUCCAUGGCCGCUGGUCCUAUAAUCGCAUGUGCAAGUUUCUCAGCUACUUCUUUUACAAAAACUUUGCCUUCACCCUGGUGCAUUUCUGGUAUUCCUUCUACAACGGGUUCUCUGCACAGACAGUUUAUGAUACCUGGUUUAUCACUUUCUACAACCUGGUCUACACCUCCCUCCCUAUCCUGGGCUUGAGUCUAUUUGACCAGGAUGUGAAUGAAACAUGGAGCCUACAUUUCCCAGAGCUGUAUGAGCCAGGCCAGCACAACCUCUAUUUCAACAAGAAGGAAUUUGUGAAGUGUUUAGUGCAUGGGAUCUACAGUUCCUUCGUGCUGUUCUUUGUCCCCAUGGGGACCAUUUGCAACUCAGUGCGAAGUGAUGGGAAGGAAAUCUCCGACUACCAGUCCUUCUCCAUGAUAGUGCAGAUCUCCUUGCUUUGGGUGGUCACAAUGCAGAUUGCCCUGGAGACAACCUACUGGACUGUGAUAAGCCACUUCUUCACCUGGGGUAGCCUGGGCUUCUACUUUUUCAUCGUAAACUUCCUGUACAGUGAUGGCUUGUGCUUAAUGUUCCCCAACGUCUUCCAAUUCCUAGGUGUGGCAAGGAACACUCUGAGCCUGCCACUGUUGUGGCUGAGUGUUGCCCUCAGCAUGGUCCUCUGUAUUUUGCCUGCCGUUGGGUACCAGUUUCUCAAACCACUAUUCUGCUCCUUGACUGUGGACAAGGUGAUUGACAGAAUUCGUCGCAUGAAACACCCACUGCCACCCCCAUCCCAGACUAAACUGAAACAGUCAAGCACGCCACGUUCUGCCUAUGCAUUCUCCCACAAACAGGGCUUUGGGUCCCUCAUCACUUCCGGCAAGUUUAUGAGAUCCAAGAAAAGACUGCUUUCCUUUCAAAAGUAGAAGCCAUUAGGUAAACCCCAAAGGAGCCAGCCAUUGCUUUUCCUCCCUCGUAUUCACCUAACUUAGUAAGGAGGGCUUCGAGUCCCUGCUCUUCCGCUCUCCCUCCAGGGGCUCAGCUUCUUCAUUCCCUGAAAGGCUGUGCCCAUGUCAGGCAAGGAACAGUGAAGCAGGAGCUCCCAGAUAUCUGUCAGGGUUACAGCAUUUCAAGAAAAAGCAAUGCCGGGCCUCCUUCCCACCAACCCUUCUAAGUUUAACCCAGACCAGCAAAUGUGGAAGGAAGUGGAGGGUGAACAGGGGCAGCGUGGGGAAGGGAAAAGAAAAUAGGACCUACGAAUCUUACUCUGGGCCCUGUUUCUCAUGCCCAGAGCAACCAUAAACCUGGCCAGAGCCCCACACAUAGUCCCACCCAGGCACCCUUCUCAGGUUUAUUUGGGGGAUUCAGGGUACGUCUUUUGCUGGCUGUGGGUAGCAAAAGAAGGGGACAGCUGUGAAAAGUUGGUCAUAAGAAGCUGAAGGAGAGUUUCUGAACAAAAAAACAAACAAACAUAAAAAGAUGAACAAAGGAGGCAAUUCCUGCCUUAAGGACAGCGCAAGACUUUGCCUUCUUUCCCUUUUAAUGCCUUUGACCCAAGAACUGACACCUUCUUGGGCCUCAGAACUUGGAGGGGGAGACUGCUGUGGAGUUUUAAAAAUCUUUUCUUGAGGAGACAUAAUUGGUGAACAUUUGUCUUCAUUCCAUAAAACUAUUUUGAGAAGAAAUUGUAUGUACUUGGGAAAUUAUUUCUGAGAAGUUUAUGGAGUAAUAAAUGACUUAUUUUGGAGUGGA